CCGAAGCUUUUAGUAUCUUCAGAUUCCUCUCAGCUGUGUGCGUUGAUUUUGGUGGGUCGAUGCCGACUAGAUCUACUUUGAGUUUUCUUUGAUGAAAAAUUAGAUUUUUGCGAGGUCAAAGAAUUCCUGAAGCUUUCCAUUGGGUUAAAGUCGAAUCGAUAGGGUUGGGUAUCCGGGAGUUGAAGUAUCAAGGAGAUGGCUGCAAGCCAAACCACAAAGAUUGCUCUGACUGUUGCAUUUUUUGGAAUAUUGUCUUUCCUUUUUGGUGUUAUUGCAGAAAAUAAAAAGCCGGCUUCUGGAACUCCAAUUCAAGGAAAGGGUGUGGUCAUCUGCAAGUUUCCAAGUGAUCCAACAAUUGCUUUGGGAAGUUUAUCUGUCGUGACUCUCCUUCUUACUGCUAUAGCAGGACAUGUUGCUGUCUAUUUUCCAUACAAAGGAAAGACAGUUCCAGUUCAAGCUUUAUUUCAAAGUGCUUCGUUAGUUAUAUUCUUCCUUAUCGCAGAGGCUGUCUCAGCGUUGGCACUGGCGAUGAUGUUGUGGGCUACUAUUGUGGAAGGUCUGCAACAUUCACGCAACACCCAUUAUAAUCUCGAUACAACAUGUCCUACUGCCAAAACUGGUCUAUUUGGAGGUGCAGCAUUCCUCUCCCUCGAUGCCUCUCUCAUUUGGCUUGUAUGCCAGAUCUUGACACUAAAUGCAAGAGCAGAUUAUUUGGAGGAUGACUCGAAGGGAGACUAUGGGCAGGUUUAUGCAACAGAGUUGGAGGCCAGCGGCACUGCGAAUCCAGCACCUUAAGGAUUAAGGGGAACCAAAAAAUGCACUUCUUUAUCUCGGAAGUUAAAACACUUGCGUUUGGGUUUCUGUUCACUACUUCGUUCAGUAUUGCAGUUUCCUACAUUUUCUGGCUGUGAAUGGUUCCAUGUUUAUCAUUUAACUCAAACAGUAGGGUUUGAUCAUACCGUUUCAUCGGAGGUAGUGGAUAUCAUACAUUAAGGUACUUCCAUGUUUAUCAUGUGUUGUCUUUAUUAUUUGUUUGCUCAUUGGACUUGUAAAUUAUUUGUGCAAUACAUCUUGAAAGGUCGUGGUUCUACAUCUUUGAAA